UUUUAUUUAUUUUUUCUUGGAUUUUGAGUAUAUCACUUCUUUAGUAAUCAAUAAGCUUGGUUACAUGCAAUGCCAUUAUUCUAAUACUUAAGACUAUGUCAGCCGUUGGAGGGCUGCAAUUCAUAGAUCAUUAAAUAUAUUGUCCGAAGAAGAACGUUGAUUGGUUCGACGUAUAUUCCGUCCUGUGUCUGCCACCGACUUCAUCCAAUUCCAAAGCUUCCUCUCGUCUUCAUUCAGCGUUUAUCACAACACAUUAUUAUUUAUCCAACGUUGACCUUCAAACCUUCGGUUCCAAGAAAACCCGUCAACCUCGGAAUUUUCUAACUAAACCCCUUUUCCUUGCUAUUAUUUUCCGUCUUUCCCGUGUUGUUUUUCCCACAAUCUAAUAUUAGAAGCUUCCUAAACACAGUUAUCUACGAUAAAACAUUCACCUGCUAUGUCUUACAUGUCGUUUCCAUUGACUCCGUAUUCUCGCACUUCUCUUUAUGGAUAUUUUGUGUCCCUCAUCUUCUUCUUAAAUCAUUUUGUGCACCUGACCUUGUUGCUUGCAAACAUUGUUUCAUGAACUCAAUUCAAUUUGGAACAAAUCCAUCACAAAGACCCCGUGAGUCCCCGAGUUUUUGUCAAUUACAAGUUUCUUCUUUUUUUUUUUACGAUUGUUUGUGAUUAUAGUCAUGGAAAUUUCACCUUUUCCUAUAUUUUUUAUUUUGACUGUGCUAAUAUGGUGUUGAAUUUUAAAAGGGAUAGCUUGUGAUCAAUAAAUUGGCAAGGUUGCGAAGAUGCAACAACAGCAUCGUAUGGAGGAAUAUGAUGAGGAGCUGAAUCAAGGGAAGGAGCAAAUGAGCAAAAUUGAGGAAGAGAAAGGUCGAGCCUUUAACGAGCUAAGAGAAAAGAAAAAGGUUGCUGAGGAGACUAAUGUCAUGUUUGAUGAAGUAGUAGCCACAAAGAGGAACUCAGACCCACAUACAAGAGAACAUCAAAUGGGUGUUGAAGAUAACAACAGCAUUGAAUCAUCAUCAGAACAUGAAAGCAAAAACGGGUUGGAACUCCAAUUGUCAGAGAAAGAUGCUUUGUUGGACAACAUGAGGAACGAGAUGGAUAGUCUUAGAUCAUCAGAGGAUGAUGCAAUGGUCUUGUUGUCUGAUUACAAAAGAAAAGUUCAAGAACUGGAAGCUGAACUGGACAAGAGAAAAGAAUCAGAGGCAAAUUUGUUUGACACAUUGGUGAUGCAAACAAAACAACUAGAGCAUAAUAAGGUCUUGCUUGAAGAGUCAAAGCUUGAGAUAUCUUCUCUUGAGGGAAAAAUAAAGGAAUUUCAAGUAAGUGCCACCCAAACAAUGAAAAUUCCUGGUGAGUCUCAACUUGACAGUGAAAGUAGUCUUUCCACAAAAGAAAGUAUAGAGGGUAUGAAGACUGAAACAGAACUAGAAGAAGAGAAGUUGAAUUUGAAUGGCACUCAAGAUGGAGAGGGACUAUCUACCAACGCCAAAACUCUUCUUCAAGAAUUGGACUUGCUUAAAAAUGAGUUGAAGUCAGCAACUGUGGCAGAAGAGAAUAGCAAGAAGGCCAUGGAUGAUUUGGCAUUUGCGCUGAAAGAAGUGGCAACAGAAGCAAAUCAGGCGAAGGCAAAACUGACCAUAAGCGAAGUGGAACUAGAGCACACUAAAGGGGAUGCAGAGCGUUGGAGAACAAUGUUAGAAAGCACUGAAGAGAAGUACAAGGAGCUUCUAGAAGCAACAAAGAAAGAAGCUGAUAGAUACAAAAACACAGCUGAGAGAUUAAGAUUGGAAGCUGAAGAAACCCUUUUGGCAUGGAAUGGAAAGGAAACGGAGCUUGUGAAUUGCAUUAGAAGGGCUGAAGAGGAAAGAUUGCAUGCAACAAAAGAAACUACUGGACUACUUGAAUUGCUCAAGGAAGCAGAAAAUAAGACCAAGGUUUCAAAGGAAGAAAAUCAAAAGUUACGUGAUAUACUUAAACAAGCCUUGAAUGAAGCCAAUGUUGCAAAAGAAGCAGCAGAAAUUGCAAAGGCUGAAAAUGCUAGACUACAAGAUAGCCUUAACCUACUUGUCCACGAGAAUGAAAUGUUAAAGAUACACGAAGCUGCAUCAUUUGAGAAUAUUAAAGAGUUGAAGCGCAUGCUCUCAGAAUCAUCAAUGAAGGACUUCAAAAUUGAAGAUAUAGAGAAAUCAACAUCAAAAGAAGGUAGCAAGGAGGAUAAGGAAUCAGGGAGAAAAGCAAAGGCACAAAACACACAUAACUCAGCAGAUAAGGAUCAUAAGGAAUCUAAGAGUCUAAACAAAACUUUUAGUCUUAAUCUGAAGGACAUGAUACCACCCCGUAAGGAACAGCACAAGGUGGGGAACGAAGAGGCCAACAAAGAAAUAGAUGAUGAUACUUUAAGGGGUUCAAUAUUUGAUGAAGUGGAUUCAUCAGAUUCAGAAUCUCGGCAUGACGGAGAAAUGGGAAUCCCAGAUGAUUUUGAUCAUUUGGAUGAGUCUCACUUUGAUGAUUCAGAAGGUGAUAGAAACUCUAGAAAAAGAAGAGCCUUGCUGAGAAGAUUUGGAGAUCUUAUUCGUAGAAGAAGUUUUCAUUACCACAGAAAGGACCCAUCCAACGAGGAACAUUUACAAACGUAACGCAAAUUCCCUUUAAGGAUUCAUGCGAUAAUUAGACUGUUGUGUUUAUAUUGUUUUGCUUUGUUUAGAUAAUUUGUACAUUUCUUUCGUGUUUUUGUUUCUACUACGUUAGUUUCUAUGUCAGAAAUUCAAGUAACAUAUGAUUUGGACAAAUCAAGCGUACACGACA